UAAAGCAAUUCAAUUCAUGUUUACUAUAGUACAAAACAAAAACUUAAAAUCACUUACAAUUUUGAAAAUCCGAAUUAUUACGAAAUACUUUAUAGCUAGCCAACAUUAUGGAUGAUAUACGCAAUCGGGAUAUGAAGGACCUGAUUAAUUUCUUGUUCUUCUUAUUGAAUCGUCAAAACUUUCAUCUGCAUCAGAUCCGCAACGAGGAGAAACGUUUUCGCAAGGCCGUUGACUGUUAUGCCACAACUCACACGAAGUUGAGCCACGUUUGCCAAAUUCGGGACUUUCAAUUGCUGCUAGCAGAGAAUUCUCGUCAGAUGAAGAUCCACCAUGAAAAACUACAAAAGUUCCUCGACUUGAAUGGGGAUCUUAAGGAUACUCCAUUGUAUCAAAAGGCUACGGAAGUUUUAAAGGAGACGCUCCACACAAUGUAGCAACGUCGAAAUGCUUCGAAAUCUUAGCAGUUUUUAAAGAUAUUAUUAAUUCAAUGGACAACGCAAAGAACCUAAAUAAUAAAUAAUUAAUAAACGAUGAGGUUUGCUGCAAUAUAAA